UCAGGUUCUUCAACCGAUAACGACAGAAAUUUUGUGUACGUUUUAAAUUCUGUGAUUUCUGAGUCAAACAAGUCUUAUGAAUAAUUUUUAGAAUGUCACAUCAGUAUGAUAUAUUCGAUAAUUUAAACAACUACCUGGACAAAAGCGAUGAUUGUGUUAUUCCUGACGAAGAUCUUGAAUUAAAUAAUGAAGAUUCUAUCGUUGAACCGACGCCUGAUCCACCGACUCCGGUUCGGAAAAAGUGUCUUCCCAAAAAGAAUCAGCCUCAUGCCCAGGCAUUGUCGCCAAAAAAAUCAAAACAAAAUAAACAAGCGGAAUCUGCAGUAGAUGAGAUUCCCGCUACUAGCAAGGAUAUAAUUGUCGUGACAGAUGAUCUCGUUAGUAAUUCGAAUGUUGAGGCAGCAACCAUGGACCAAAAUUUCAAAGAAUUGGAACAAAUGUAUACUUUGAUAUUUAAACAAAUAUGCACGGAUAGUGCAAGCAAACGACAUUUUUCCUCUCUGAAAAAACGCUAUCAGUCACUUUUAAGUCGACGCUCUGCUUCCAGUCGUCGUCGACCGACAAGAAAUGGGACUUCCUUACUGAAUGAAUUGACAGCAUUGAAAGAAAUAUUUUAUGAUAUUUGCGUGAAUCACAAUUUAAUGACUCCAAAUUCGAUGAGUUCAACUUUACAAACGAACGGAACAGUUACAAAUAAGCGACGCCGGAGAAGUAAGCAACCAACAGUGAUUGAUGUCGUCAAUUUGGUUGACAGUCCAGCAUUGGUGCUGCCCGGAGUUAUCAAUCUAGAUUCCGAAGAAGAAAAUGUUCCGACGGAAAACAAGGCCGACUACUCGUUCGAUUCAGAAAACUACGAAAUGUCAAUCAAAAUCAAAUGGCGUGGAGAUAUCCAGCGAUUUGUACAUCGAAAGUAUCAAAAAUUCAGUGAUUUGAUAGCUAAGCUAGCCGAGAAAGUAGAUGCUGAUCCAAGUUGCAUCAUUUUAGAUGUGAACGAUCGCAUUAUUGAUCCGAACGAUACUCCCGAUUCAAUCGAUUACAAGAUAUCACAAUUUAUAACGGGUCGAGCCGUGGAACAGACUGUAGCAGACAUGUUUGCUGGGAAGCAGCAAAGCAAGCAAGCAAAACCAUCGAAGUCUUCCGCUAGCAAAAAUUCUAUAACGCUGAAGCUGCAAUCCGACAAAUGGAAACAGCCGCUCCAUGUUCAGGUGGAGAAAACUCAGAAAAUGUCUAUCGUAGCGAUAAAGGCAGCUGAGGAACUGAAAUGCAAACCGGCAGAAAUCAGGUUAAGCUUUGAUGGCGACCUAAUAGAUCUCGAUUUAACGCCUCUUGAUUUAGAAUUAGAAGGCGAUGAAGUUUUGGAUCUGCGUAUUUCGAAACAGUAAAAUUGGUUUGCAAAAACGUAUUACUUUCCAAUUUUUUUUAUGUUAAUUAUAUAUAUAUUAUUUAAUGUUUAUGAGUUAUUUUUAUAAUUAUAUCUAUUGAUAGUACUGAACAAUGUAAUUAAAAAAAUGUUUUUAACAGACUUAUAAUGGGCGCCAAAAACUUUCUUUUCAAAAUAGCCAUUUUUAUUACCUGUAAUUGUUCUCUAAUAUGCAGAGAAUCACACCGGCAACAUACAUAUUUGCCAUCAGAGGCUUCAUUUCAAACAAUGGAAUAUUAAUUUUUAAUUUCAUAUAAAACAUUUCGUUAUUAGCGAAGUGAGAAACUCCGAAUAAAUUUGCGUGCAAUGGCCCAAAAAAUGGCGUGCGGUAUUCGAAGUUAUUCGUAUGUUUUAUUUUCGUAUAUUUUAUUUUGUUAAUGUCGCCAAUUUUCUCACCUGCACCCGAUGCAGUGUUAGUUGGAAAUAUCCGCUGUAAAGUAGAAGUUUUUUCAAGAUGUAAAUCACAUAAAGAACGUUCGGACACUAAGAAAUAAAUAAUUACUCCAACAAGUACAAACAAA